AUGGAUGAUAACUUAAAUGUUACAUACAUAACUCUUAGUGGGCAUGUAGAAGUGCACAAGUACAGAUAUCUUUAUUUUGUCAUCAUGUUUACAGCAUAUUUUCUAAUAAUCUGCAUUAAUUCCACAAUUGUGUGUCUCAUAGUGAUUCACAAAAACCUCCAUGAGCCCAUGUACAUUUUUAUUGCAGCUUUGUUGAUCAACUCUGUAUUUUACAGCACUAAUAUCUACCCAAAGCUGUUGAUCGACUUUUUGUCUGAAAAACAGAUCAUAACUCAUUCACUCUGUCUCUUUCAAGGCUCUGUACACUACACUAUGGCCGGUUCAGAGUUCUUACUGUUGUCAGCCAUGGCCUAUGACAGAUAUGUGUCUAUAUGUAAACCUCUGCAGUAUCCAACUAGCAUGAGAAAAACUGUUGUAAAUACUUUGCUGGUUUUGGCUUGGCUUGUGCCUGCUUGUGAGUGUGGAUUGGCAGCUGUAUUGUAUGCUGGUAUGAAAUUGUGUAGCAUUACUGUGAAAGGAAUUUUUUGUAAUAAUUCACUUUACAGUCUUCAAUGUGUGCAAUCAGUAGCAAUGUCUAUAUAUGGUCUGUUCAUGCUGCUAAACAUUGCACUGUUCCCUGUCCUUUUCAUAUUUUUUACAUACACCAGGAUACUUAUUGUAUCCUACCGAAGUAGUAAAACAUUCAGGAGAAAAUCUGCACAGACCUGUUUACCUCACCUGCUGGUUUUAAUAAACUUUGUCUCUUUUAUUACUUAUGAUGUCAUUGUAGUUCGACUAGAAUCAGAUAUUCCAAAGAUUGUUCGUUUCAUAAUGACUUUACAAAUGAUUGUGUAUCAUCCUCUCUUUAAUCCAAUCAUAUAUGGGUUAAAAAUGAAAGAAAUCUCUAAACACCUCAAGAAGUUGUUGUUUCAGGUCAAAUCACACUAA